AUGAUUGCUGCUGCGGAGAAUCUCUCAUUUAUCACUUACUUUGUCAAGGCUAUAAUGGGUCUUAUCUUGAAGGCUGCAAAGUUUCUGGGGAGACUUUUCGGAUUAAAAUCAAAGGUUGAACUUAACACUUCAUCCACAAGGCCCUCGACACCGUCGAAAACCUCAUAUGUUCUCCUGGACGGAGAUCCUGAAAAGGAGACGAGUCUUGUGAUUCGUAAGGGAGCAGGCACGAACGAGAGAGAAUUUGCAACAUGGAUGAAAAAGAACGUGCCUCAUAUCAAAUGGAGGAUAGUGUAUGAAGACACCGAAGAACCCAAAAAAAUGAAACUCUAUGUAUGGGAAAGCUGUCUCGAACCAUUUAUCGACUUUUUCUUCGGGGAGGCUCUCGAAAAGAUGAAGGCACUUACACAACCGAAAGAAGCACCCCUGACGUACGAAGUUGUCGAGCUCGUGGUCUUUGCGAAGAAAGAAGGUUAUGAAGUGGAGUGCUUUGCUUACACGCACAAAUUACCCUACGAUUUUCAAUACACAAUCAAAGGCCCGGAUGGAUACAAAUUUGAGUCUGAAGCGACAUUUUGGGAACCAGGCUGCUGGAGAGAUGCUGCAGAACAACUCGGAAGGGAAACGGAGGACCUGCGCGGACUAAAGAGGAAGCACCGUACAAACCAGAGAGAAUACAGUAAGGACCUCAAUUUUGUACAAAACGAGAUACUGUAG